AGAUCCCUAAACUGGAUACUGAUUUCAUCCUUUGAGACCAAGAACGCCUCUAAGACAAAGAAUGGAUUGCAGCGUUCUUUAAUCCUUAUAUCAAUCCGAUCACAGAAUUCAUAACUUAAAUUCACAGAGAAGCUUCUAAUUGUGGUAGUUGUUAACCAAAGGCUGCAGUAGAGUGGUCAUGGAUCGGCUCAGUGCUUCUGCACGUCCUAUGAUAGUUUCUGAUCUUGGUCGUACAAUGGGUCCAUCUGCUGUAACUGUCCAUCCAUCUGGUAUUGAGAAAACUCUACAUGAACGCAUACAUGAAUUGAAAGGGUGGUAUGGAGACAAGCAGGGAAAAAUGUUUUGGGUUUGGGUGGUUCAUGUAUUAUCUACACACAAUGGUUCAAGCACAUGGCUGGUGAAUUUCAAUAAGUGGGAGCCGUGUGGUAAUGUGCGGUGCUGUUGUGCAACCCCUGAAAAGAUCAGUGCCAAGCGAAGAAAGCUAGAACAUUAUAACGUGCAAACCAACUGUACAAAAUGAUUUGUGGCUGCCAGGAUCACAUGGGUUCAUCCGGAUGCAUGUACAACAGACGUGGCUGAAAAUGAAACAGCAUUCAGCCUGGUUGCUCUAGAUUGAUAUCAGAUACUAUCCCUAACCUUUCCGGCUCUAGAGUAUUCAGUAUUCAACUGAAGUAAAUGUACUAAUAAAGAUAAUAUUUCAUUUCUUAUAUAUAAAAUUAUGCACAGCCACAGGAUACUAGAGAUUAUUCCCAUCAUAACUUUUGAAUAAUAUUUCUUUAGGGUU